UGUGUGAGGGUGGAGAGAGGUAGACAGGAAGAAAACAAGACACAGAGUGAGGGAGAGGUAGUGUAUGCUGUCAGGCCUCCUGACAAAACAAGCACAGGAAGGUAGAGAGAACUUGACUUUUAUUUGUCAUUUUCAACACCACCUUUUUAGGACGAAGGGAGCACAGAGGGACAACAACCGGAGAGUUGAGAUGAAAAGAAGGCAGUGGAAAUAGAAACAGGACAGAAAGAAAAGGCAGCAGAGGCACCCAUCAAGCCACCAGACGAAAUAGAGGAAGGAAGAGCAGAGACAGAGACAGCGAGAUAAAACCCCGGCUUUCUGAAUAGGGGAUAUAUGGUGGAAUGACUCUGUCAUGAUGUCACAGCUGUGCCAAAACCUAUGCCCAGGUGACCAACGAGGGUGUGUCUGGUUAUUAGCCAAUCAGAAAUGGAUCCUUAAUAGAAUUACCUCAAAAUCCUGUUCAGAGAAAUUUCCUUUCUACGACCUCCUGCAUCACUGACACUCCACCUCUCAGGUUGUAGCUCCUUCAUUCCUUCUCCUCCUCGAUUCCUUAUUGUUUCCAUUUCCUAUCUUGGGAUGUUGGCGUGGUUUCAUGGCAGCUGCCAUGGAGAAACAUUAGUUCCUUUAGUAGGUUUUUUUAGAAACAACCUCCAGAUGUUGGGCCAGAUGCAAGUUGUCCACAAGGGCAGAAUUAGAGAAGGACAGGCACAGAGGUGCUGUGAAGCUCAGCUUCCCAAUUCCCACUGUAUGACACCAUCACAGCAGGAACUAUAGGACUUUGUAAUCCUGUGGAACAUUUUGAUCUGCCUCUGCAAACAAUUCAGGACCAAUUUGACCCUGUUACAAAAAAACUUAGUAAAGACUUUUAUCCAUCAUCAUAGAAACCAUGCGGCACAUCCACGUUGAGUUAGCCCAUAAAAAGACUCCAUUAGAGCUUCCAGCCCAGGAGGGAGACCUGCCUCCACCUACACCCCCAUUACAGGGCCUGGAUCCUGGGGUCAGACCUGGGGCGCCCAGGCACUAUGGCCAGGAGGAGUUGCGGCUCCAAAAGGUCUAUCAGCUCUCCAUUUUCUCCCAGUUGGGGGGAUUUUCUAGCUCCACAGAAUCCCACGCUGAUACCCAACAGAGACCUGUCAGGUUGGCAGUGAAAAGGGGGCUAGAGGAACCCCAGGCGACACAUAAGCGUCCCAAUUUAGGGGAUUGCUCAGACAAGGAUGUGUUGGAGGGAGGGGUGCUGUGUGGGCCUGCCCCAGCUCAAGGAGUUGGGAUGGGGUUAGUGACGGGCCCUAGUGGGCUUGGUUCAGUUUAUUCUUGCACACCAGUGGAGCACAGAGACUCUGAAGGAGGACUGUCACCAAGGUCUCCUUCCCUCUCCCCAGUCCAAAACCCUUCCCGACGCCCAACGCAGCACAAUCAUGACAGGCCGGUCCCUGAUGUAUUUGCUCCACUCUCUCCUAAAUCCCCCCAAUUGUGUGACCCACAUGGUCACCUCCCUGAUCAGGGAUUUUCCCUCGGGAGCUCAGCUAGAACGGAGACACCCAACGGGAGCCACACACCGACCCAUACAAAUGAGAGCAGUAGUAAUGGCUCAUCUGGAGGCCAGCCCAGUCCCCACUUAUUUGAUGUGUCCACCUAUGAGACCCCCAACCCUGCGAGCCCCACUAGCCCUCCAGGCCCUUUCUCUCCCCCACACCACACAGAGCUGCAGGAGCCAGGGGAGGCCACUGAAUGGGAAGCUGGACUUGAAUCCUCUCCACCUGAGCGAAGUGCCACCCAGGCUGCAGCUUCCCCCUCUACUGGCCUGGCUUCCUGGGAGAAAACUCCCAGUAGUAACAGCCACCGUCUGUCUUCUGGAGGCCACUGGCCGGCCAAAAAGAGGCUGCUGCCCCCGAGCGACACGGGGGAGUCAUGUUCAGAAGAUGAGGGACCCUCCACAUCGAAGAGAAGCAGGUUGUCAUUGCUGGCUUCAGGACUGGGCCCGGCGUCAUGUCGCAGCACUGAUGCUAAAGCUGCACCUUACUGGAACCAUCUACUGCCCUCUGCAUGGGACCGGCCUAAGACUUCCACAGACUGCACACGACCAGGAAGACGGCUAAAAAGUGGGCUUCGGCUAAAAAGUCGGCAGCUGCGCAGCGGGAGACACACACAAACCGACUCCACGCGUUCCAGUUGGCCCUCAUCUUCCAUCAGCAGAGCUCUCCUCGGCAACUUUGAGGAGUCCAUACUGAAAGGAAGGUUCUCCCCAUCUGGACGGAUCGAAGGCUUCACUGCAGAGAUCGGUGCCAGUGGCUCCUAUUGCCCACAGCACGUCACUCUGCCUGUGCAGGUCACAUACUACGACAUCUCAGAGCACAGCGCACCCUCACCCUUCCUGGGGGUGGUAUCUCUCGAGCCUCUUGGAAAGAAAGGAUAUAGCAUACCCAAAGCAGGGACCAUACAAGUGACCUUAUUUAAUCCCAACAAAACUGUGGUGAAGAUGUUCCUGGUGACCUACAACUUCGGAGACAUGCCCGUCAAUCACAUGACCUUCCUGCGCCACAGAAUCUUCCUGGUGCCUGUAGAGGAGGGGGUUGAGGGGAGAGGCGAGGCGUCGCCAGGGGAGGGAGUUCAAGACAGGAAGAAGAUUCUCUGCUACCUGAUGCAUCUAAGAUUCCAGAGCUCCAAAUCUGGAAAGAUCUACUUGCACAAUGAUAUCCGGCUGCUAUUCUCCCGCAAAUCCAUUGAAGUGGACACGGGGAUCCCUUAUGAGCUGAAAUCUUUCACCGAGGUGCCAAGAAACCCUAAAUACUCCCCCCGCGUGUGACCCCAGCUUGACCCAUUGGACCCUCCUCAACGUCAAUGCAGCCCCUCCUGUGCUUCCCUAAAGGAGGAAGAAAAACAAACAAACAGACUGCAAGAAUGAUGGACACAAAACUUGACUAAACUUGAUGAGACACGCCACAUGCACACGAGACACACAUGCACAUUUGAUACAGUUUUUGUGAGAGUAGAGGUCCUACUUUUGUGCAUUUGUUUGCAUUCAAAGUAAAACACAAAUGUAAGAAAAUGACACUCAACCAGGGCAUUCCUUGUAUCUUCCAUCAAGUGUAAAAAGAUUAGAAAUAAUGCAGCUUGUAUGCAGUCAAAAGCAGGACUUUUACAACACCUUAAAGUGUACAAAAAUAAAAAAGACACACACACACACACACACACACACACACACACACACCAAACAGAC